CUGCUUUCAUAUAGAUCUCUGCCAGGUUACUGGUCUCAAGGGCAAGAUCCGAAUUAAAGACACAUAUACUUACCUAAAGUACAGUACAACCUUUGACAGGAUAUGGAAAUCAGAAACGGCCUUCAGCAAGGAGAAAUGCGACGACGACAGACAUCUUUCGUCAGUACUUUGUCAAUUUAACGGAAAAGAAUCUUUAUACGAUCCGACAACUACUGACACAGCUCAAUGCGGCCAAUCUCUUGCAAACGUGGAUGAGAAUGUCGGGGAACUUGAACGCAAAUUCGACCCCAAAAGUCUACAAACACUCUUGGGGUUGGCUCAGUUACUGGUUGCUUCUCCAGGCAACAUAAGCGCUAAUAACAUCACCGUCGUAUCAGAUCUAGCAGAACGACUCGGUGCCACGAUACCGAAUAAUACGAAUACCUCUGUUACACACCACGCUGCAAGAGCAAUGGUAUUAUUGUCCAAUCACCUAACUAUCGCGUAUGGAGACCCAUCUAAUGAAACAGCCCUUGUGAAUGAAUUGGGAAACGAAACAGCAAACUUUUACAAGAACAAAGUAUUAAAGACUGUGAAUAAGUUGCUGUGGUUGGUUACAUUGAACAUAUCCUCACCACUGGAAAUUGAAUCUCCAUUUGUUAAAGCAAAGGUGGAAGAUGCCAUCAAUUACAACUGCUCUGAUGAUCUAAUCUCUGAAUUUAAUCCACUGGACUACAUUUACCCAUCCAAUGAUGUGGCUAAAAGAGUAACGAUAUCUGCAGCCAGCAUAACUGUGAAAGUCAAGCCUAAAAAUGUAACAGCAGGAAAGGUAUGGCAGAUGAUGAAUGGAAAGAUGAAGAAUGGUGGAUUUCGUUGCCCGAAAGCGAGGGUUGCACAAACAUAUUACGCAAACUCCAAUCUCUUUCCUAAUGAUACAAACGCACAUCAGAUUGUUUCUAUAAAUGUUACUGGGAAUGAAUUGGACAAUUUUGAUUCUGAAACUGAAGUUAGUUUUUACAACGAAUCAAGAAAAAGGGGUGUUGUAUCCAGGAAUGACACGCCCUUACUCAAUGAAGUCACUGAGUUUGUGUGUGGGUACUGGAACAGAUAUGACUUUCCAUUGAAGCAAUACUGGCAAGUUCAAUCAGACUGUAGAAGGGUGAUAAGCACUGAUGGCUUUCCAAGAUGUCAUUGCAAGAGACCUGGAAGCUACAACAACCUUGUGAUUGUAGUUGAUCUGCCAGCAGAUGUGGUGCUGGAAUCACUUUCAUAUGCCGGGUGUUCCGUGUCCGUGGUGGGCUUGGUGUGCGUUGUGUUCAUUUACUUGGCUAUCGGGGCACUUCGAACCCGUAAGACAACACCAGUUCUUUUGCACAUCUCAGUCUGUAUGUGCUUGUCUUACAUUACAUUCAUUGGCACCAUUAACCUUCCACAUCUUGAAUAUGUUUGUUAUGGUGGAACCAUCUUUCUCCACUAUCUUUUGCUUGCUACCUGGGGUUGGACGUGUGUUAAUGCAUUGUAUAUGUAUAGAGCCCUAGUCAUGGUUCUUGCUGCAGAUAUAGAACGACCAAUACUUAAGGGAGGAAUAUUUGCUUAUGGGAUGCCAGCUGUUGUAGUAGCCACCAAUGCAUUGGUUACACUGCUUUACUUUGACAACCAGCUUGAUAAGACUAGUGUGCUGUUCGAAUCUACGUACAGAAGGCAAAACAUGUGUUGGUUAAACACUUACUCUCUUUACUAUGGAUUCCUUGCACCAGUUGGAAUAAUGCUGCUGUUCAACAUUACAAUGUUCUACUGUGUGUUGAGGAAAUUAACAUGGGGGAGACAACAGCUGCAAUCAACGGCUGGUGUCCAGACAGCCAAGGAUCAACUGCAAAUAACUCUCUUGCUUGUAAUCAUGAUGGGACUAACAUGGACCAUUGGAUAUCUCAUGCUCAUCUCAACAGAUGUUGUUUAUUUAAAAAUCAUGAGCUAUCUCUUCACUAUCUUCAAUGUGCUGCAGGGAUUAAUGAUGUUCCUGUUAAACUGCGUUACUAAGAAAGCAAUUCGAGAUAUGUGGAUGCCAAAGUGUGAUCUACACUGCCUUGAUGAAGCAAACUUUACGUAUUGUUGCCGUCACAGUGGGAGUUAUGAUGUCACAGAGUUUCAAAGUAGAGGAACAAUUCUCACUUUAUCAACAGCGGCAGAAUCAUCAUCUGCAGCCGGAACAUCUACAGCUGGGAGGUACAGUGUUCAGAGUUUCUAGUUCAUCUUAUAUGGAGGUCUCAUAUAAUGAUGGCGCAGCAUAAGGCAAAAGGUUAUGUAAAGUGUAAACUAUAUAUUCUAUUAUUGUAAUCUUUCUGUUUUACUUCUACCUUUGUAGUUCAUCUUGUAAGAAGGUUGCUACAUACAUAUGUAGCAAGCAUAGCUGUAAAAGUAUAAACUAAUAAUGUAUUAUUUUACUGUAAUCUGUGUAUAGGCAUAAUGUUGCACAAGUUUCUCACUCAGAGCAUAAAAUAAGAUUUCAUAACUCUGAGAUAUAUCAACUAUGUUUCGGUUUAAAAACUAUCUUCAGUAAUGUCAGAAGUUAAAACGGUUAUACUUCUACUAUGUAGUGAUUUCUAAUGUUUCUUUUUUUUCAUUCAUAAAUUUUAAAAACGAGUGUCUUAAAAAAAAACAAAGUCAGAUUUAUAUCCCUGUGGUGGGGAAACUUUGUUCAUUUUACUUUAUUUUAAAUAUGUUUUACACACCCCACUUAGUUACUUUUUAUUGUUGAUAAUUCGGACAACUAAUUAGUAACCACAAUUACCAAAAGUUUUGGCACAGAUAAGUUUUCCACUAAACAGGUUCGGGUGUAAACCAAAAAACAUUCUAUGAUUGAUUUUGUAUAUUUUGUUGCUUAACCUAUAAUUGCUGUAAUUUACCACUUAAUAAACAACUGUUAUAAUAUAA